ACUAAAGAAAAAUAACAGAAACAUGAUGACUCAAAUUGCUGGAGUAUUUUGCUUCCUUUUGCUUACCUUGGCGAGCUGCCAAGUGAUCCGCUAUGAAGACGGGAUAGAGACAAAUACCACAAAUUACGGACCCGUCUCCAUGGUGGUGGACAAUCUGGCGGAGAUUGCCGUAAAUGUGAGCGACGAAAAUACGGCUCAGUUGGAGGGCAAAAUGAAUCGCACUCGACAGGAUAUAGCCGGAAAUAUCGAGGUCCUGAUCGCCAGUGCCUUGGCCCAGUUAAGUGACGUGAUCUACGAGACCAACCAGUUGUUGGUGGCCAAUCCCGACUGCAAUGCGGCCUGGAGUUUGGAUGAACUCAACGAAAAUGUGACCCACCAACUGAGUGGCUGCACUGGCGAUCUGGGUAAUCUCCUGGAGGACUUCCGCCUGGAGGGUCAGCUGGCCUUGGCAAAAGUCCAGGGAUUCGUCCAGCAGAUUGCCCAGUUGCCGGCCAGGUGCCUGAUGUUGGAGUCUUCGCCACUAAAUCCUUUGGCUUCGGCGGGCAGCAGUGUGUGCUUCAUCAACGCCAUGGCGGAGAUAAACCUUGGAAUGGCCCAGUCCAUGCACGAUGCCUCCCUGCUCCUGGUGCAAACCCAUCAGUCCGCCGAGGAUCAAGUGGAGCAGGCGCAGGAGUGCUGUACCAUUGUGGUCCAGCAGAUCGGCGACUAUCUGCGCGACGAGCAGGAUCAAUGCCAACAGUCAACUUUAACGUAAUCCGUAAUCGAAACGAAUACCAAAACAAAACCCUUCCUGUGAGCAAUAGUCCUGAAAGUGAGUUCAGGCAAAUACAGCCAAUGGCAAAUUUAUGCACCCACAAAGAUGACAGAGGCCGAGGACUCGCCACAUCCUGUUCACUUAUUGCUUAUGCAUGACAUUUAUUUGACAAGUUUUUGAUUGAUUUUACAGCUGCUGCAGCCGAUCUGGUGCAUCUAUCUGCAUACUCGUAGGCACAGUGGAACUUCUCUAUGACGAAUUUUUCUAAAAAAAUUUUAAUUUAUUUAUUUAUCAUAUCCAUAUCUUACCAAAAAUGAUUGUUCCAUAUACAUAACUUCUCACUUUGUUUUUUUAACUGAAACUUCAAUUUUAUCUUAUUUUGUUUUUAAAAGACAACUAUGAGUUUUCAACACAAGGAAAUAAGUCUGUAUGAUUAUUAGACAUUUUGUAGACGAGAGUAAAGUUUUAUAAGGACGUUUUUAAAAGGAAAGUAAAGAAAUUAUUUUAAAAACUA